AUGACUGUGCGUCGUUUAUUUUUGGAGCUGGUUUGGGAAACGUCCAAUUGCUCGAGAUAUUCUUGUUUGACCAGCAGAUACAGAAACUCGGGCACUGUCAUUCCCAAUAAACCGACCGACUUUGUUUCUUUGAAGUUGAGUUGGAAUUUUGUCUUGAGGAUGUUAAGCAGGUCCUGUUUGUUGAUAUUAUUAUCGUUCAACAAAAUGAUGGCUAUGAUUAGCAUUUUGAAUCCCUGGCCUAUGAGUUCGUUGACGGGUUUGGGCAGAGUUGCACCUGUUUUCAUUAGUGACGAGGAGGACGAGGAUGAUUCUUUGAGGUCUGCCAACGACGAGAUCGCACGAGAUUGCGUUUGGAAAUACUUGUAUAUUUCGUCUUUCAAAGUAGAAGACAAUUUAUUGACCAGGAUCGUUGAUCUGAUUCCUGGCAGCAGAUGUUUCUUGAACUGGACUCCAUGGCCCUUUUCGUCUUCCAUUUCCAUGAUCUUGGCAACCAGCCCUUUGUUUAAGACCUGGUGUUUGUGUUCCAACGGAAGAAGGGCCCUGACAAACGCAUUGACCAGCUUUUCGACUCGUUGUUCGCGGAUAGACAGUCUGGACGUCAGGUCGUCGCGAGAAUUAGGUAUUUGGGUUGGCGAAUCCGACUCGAACUCCGACCCAGAGUCCUCCGACACGUCGUCUGUCCCAGCCGUCUGCACCCGUCGCGACUUGCGCACCGGCUCCUCGUAG